CCGACAAAAAAAAAGUUGCUUCAAUGACAUUUUCUACAGAGAUGGCAGUUUGACUGUAAAACGAGCCAGUUGUAGUAUUAAGAGUUUAUUACCCCGGCGGUGUCAUGGAUUUUAAUGUGAAGCGGUUAGCCGCAGACGCUGGUACCUUCCUGAGUCGUGCCGUACAAUUUACAGAGGAGAAACUUGGCCAGGCUGAAAAGACAGAGUUGGAUGCCCAUUUGGAGAACCUUUUGGUCAGAGCUGAGAACACCAAGCAAUGGACAGAGAGGAUCAUGAAGCAGACAGAAGUCUUAUUACAGCCCAACCCAAAUGUCCGACUAGAAGAAUUUGUGUAUGAGAAAUUGGAGAAGAAAGCCCCAACGCGAAUGAACAACCAUGAGCUGUUGGGCCAGUCCAUGAUCGAGUCAGGAAAUGAAUUUGGUCCUGGAACCGCUUACGGAAAUGCUCUGAUUAAAUGUGGCGAGACAGAGAAGCAGAUUGGUGGGGCAGAGCGGGAGUUCAUUCACAGUUCGGCCAUCAACUUCCUGACACCUUUCAGGAACUUUCUAGAGGGUGACUUCAAAACCAUCCUGAAAGAACGGAAGCUACUGCAGGUCAAACGCUUGGAUCUGGAUGCUGCCAAAACCAGGCUAAAGAAAGCCAGGAUGGCUGAUGCAAGAGCUGCAGCGGAGCAGGAGCUGAGGAUGACCCAGAGCGAGUUUGACCGGCAGGCAGAGAUCACCCGACUGCUGUUAGAGGGCGUCAGCAGCACCCAUGCACACCACCUACGCUGCUUGAAUGACUUUGUGGAGGCCCAGACCACAUACUACGCACAGUGUUACCAGUACAUGGUGGAUCUCCAAAAGCAGCUCGGCAGUUUCCCCUCGUCAUUCUCCAACAACAACCAGUCGUCGGUGUCGGGCGGGGCCAGCAUCUCAGUCCCCACCAUACCGGUGUCGGCCUCCCUGCCCAACCCGUCUGGCCGCGGCAGCUCAGCCGCAUCGGGUGGCUUCAACGAACUGCGUAGCUCCAGCGGCAGCCGCAAAGCCCGAGUCCUUUACGACUACGACGCCGCCAGCAGCAGCGAACUUUCCCUGCUGGCUGAUGAGGUGAUCACAGUCAGCAGCGUCCCCGGUAUGGAUUCAGACUGGCUGAUGGGCGAGAGAGGCAACCAGAAGGGCAAAGUGCCAAUCACCUACCUGGAGCUACUUAACUGAGACCACACAAACAGCCCCCUCCAGCCCUCUGUAACCAGCUGUGAUCUCAUAUUUAUAUAUUGUGUUGCAGGGACAGGCCUCACUUCUUUCUUUUUUUUUCUCUUCCAUUCAGUCAUUUUACAGUAAGUUUUAUUUGUAUGAAAAGGAGGAGUCUCAGUUUUAGCGGAGACUCGAGCUGGAAUGAAUAAAUUGGAGUGAGGGGAAAGGACACGGACCUAUUCCCUGAUCUGUUUGUAUGCAACUGCAGUACAUUUCUAAAAAAAAAAAAACUUUAAAAAAAACUUGCUUCCAUGCCUUUCGUGUGUUUGAUGCCAUGCAAUCUACAAUAUGUGCCAGAACAUCUCCCAAACUGUAACUUUUGAUAUCAAUUAGGUUUCGUUUACACUAUAUUAUCUCAGAUGGUGACCAUGGCUUUUUAUGUGAGGGUUUUUUUUCCUUCCCUCACUGCUAAUUCAAGUUUUGUUUUUUUUCCAAGUAGUGAUACACAUUUUGUUAUUCCAUAAAAAAAGCACUUCAGUUUGAAAUGGAGAGUGAUGCUGACUAUUUCAAGUCUUAUUUUAUAAUUGAUAAUCUUACAGUGCAGUUACGGUUAUCCUAAAUAUAUAUAGUGUUUUUUUUAACAGUAUGUAUUGUGUUUCAGCUUUAUUCACUCAGAGCCUGUAAAACUCAUUGUUUCAGUACAUUUGAUUGAUGAGUUUUAAAUGUGCUGAUAGCCAAGCAGUUAUUAAAUUCAAUAACCAGGUAUUCAAUUAAGUGCCUAUCACAGUGAAUCGGCCUUUUUUUUAAAAAAACAUUUGCCUUUUUUUGUUGCUACACCAACAGUAUUGAGACCAUCGACUCCGUCUCCUCUUAUUAGUAUUGAAUCCUAAUAUAUCUGUCUAAGUUAUUGAGAAUUGGAAUUUCCACAUUUCUUCAGGAAGUCGUAAACCAGAAGACAGUUGUUAUCAGGUUAAGUUAUUACUGGGUGUGUUCUUCAUAAACACAUCGUUUUUACUUUUUGACAAAACUAAUAUGUUUCAUUAGUUUCCCCUAAACCUAAAAUUCAGCUCCACAUAGAAAUGAAAAAAAAAAAGUCUCAUUACAUUCUGGGAGAUUCAACUAUAUUAUUACACAGCUGCUUUUUGUUUUGUGUAACUGAUAAAAUAGCAUACAACUGUAAAAUAAAUAUACAAUAUGAUGCAUUAAAAAUAAGAAAAUGUCACAUAUCUGUUGAGAUUUCAUUGUAUUUUUUUGCACAUUGCUUUUCAUGAGGAAAAUGUGUCGUCUUUACAUUGAGCUUCAUUUUCUCUUGUUCACCGGUGGAACCAGCAGGUGGCAGAACAGGCAACCAUUUGUGUAUGUACAGUAAGAUACGGUGACUGGUUACGGGGAAAUGAUUUGACUUUUGGAAUCUAUAAUUUGACAGAAUUUGAAUUUCCUUUUUUUAUGUAUGCAAAGUAACAGUUAAAAAAAAAUACCGGAACUAGACAAAGAUCAAAA